UUCCAUUGUUCAUUUUUAUUAGUGGUAGAUAGGGUGGAUGGAGAUUCCAUGCCCAUGGAGAUAUUAAAACAAGAGGUCAGGAACACCCUUCUCAAUGGAGCUGCCAUCUUCUUUCCUGAUCGACAGACCCGACGGAACCAUCUCUUCACCAUGAUGAAGAAUGUCACUGAGCAAGAGCACAAGCAGUCCCUGCAGCUCACUUUCCGUUCACUAUGCACAUAUUUUAGUGAUAAGGAUCCAGGCGGCCUUCUACUUUUACCUGAGAAAAGUGACCUGGCUGACAUGAACAUCAGUGAAGUCCUGGCAGUCAUGAACACCCUCCUCUCUGUUGCUGCUCGAGAGUGUGAGCUGUUGAUGCUCAGUGGGACCCAAGGGGAGGCUGGCUCUGUGCUCCUCUCCCUCUUCUGGUCUGUCCAAGGCAGCCUGCUCUCCUGGUGCUAUCUGCAGCUAAAGGCAACUGACACAGCAGCCAAAGGCCUGGCCGUGGACCUUAUCGAAAAAUAUGUGGCACAGUUUCUGGCAAGCAUGAGAGUGAUUUUGGAAUCCCUUUUGUCACAGUAUAGUGGGAAAACCAUAGUAGAAAAAUUAUGUAAUUCAGUGUUUUCGAUGGCAGCUCGUCAACUGGUCAUCUUCCUGUUGGACUUCUGCACUUUAGACAUUUCACACUGCACACUCUUGAGAGAGUUCAGUACCCUAACAGAGCUAUUGAAGAAGCUCUGCAGUGACCCUGAAGGAGGGCCAAAUAAGCUGGAUGUAGAGACCUGGCAGCAAGAACAGCCUGUGGUUCUGCAUACAUGGACCAAAGAGUCUGCCCACAACUAUGAAAAUAACUGCCACGAGGUGUCUGUCUUUGUUAGCCCAGGGGCAACCUAUUUUGAGGUGGAAUUUGACGAAAGGUGUGAAACUGAAAAAAGAUAUGAUUACCUGGAAUUUACUGAUGCUAGAGGUGGGAAAACACGCUAUGACACAAAAGUCGGCACUUACAAAUGGCCUAAGAAAGUGACCUUUAAGGAUGGUCCUCGGCUACAGUUCCUCUUUCACUCUGACAGCAGCAACAAUGAGUGGGGCUACAAAUUCACUGUCACUGCCUAUGGCCUGCCUGAUGUUGCUGUGUCUUGGGGGUUAGAUUUACAACUCCUUGUCUCCCGACUGAUGGGACGCCUCGCCUCCCAGUGCAUGGCACUCAAGUCUACGUAUCAGUUAGGAAGUAAUAUGGUAAUACCACAGGCAAAAAUGGCUUCAGUCCUGAACUCUCCUUUGUGGAAACCUGUCUUCAGGCAUCAGAUUUGUCCAGAGUUGGAAUUAGAAGCAAGCUGGCCCACUCACCCACACCAGGAUAGGAAGGAGGUUAAGAGCAUUCCUGAUGAUCCCUGCCGCCAUUUUCUCCUUGAUUUUGCCCAGUCAGAGCCUGCUCAGAACUUCUGUGGGCCAUAUUCAGAACUUUUCAAAGGAUUCAUACAGGCAUGUAGAAAACAGGCCCCAAAGACAGAUAUAGUUGCUGGUUCCACUAUUGAUCAAGCUGUGAACGCCACCUUUGCUGCUCUGGUGUAUCGCACUCCAGACUUAUAUGAGAAGCUGCAAAAAUAUGUGAAUUGACCGGGCAAGGUAGCCCUGAGUGAAGAGUUUGCACAGGUGUAUUCUUUGGCGGAUGGGAUUCGAAUAUGGAUGUUAGAGAUGAAACAGAAGUCCCUGAUGAGCCUGGGGAGCGAGGCAGAAGAAAAACACAGUUUGGAAGCGACUGAGGCAAAUCCAGAGAGCCUGGCAAAAGAGUGUAUUCAGAAAAGUCUUCUAUUACUAAAAUUUUUGCCCAUGGCUAAAAGUUCAAAAGAAAGCAGUGACAAGGUGGUGACUGCUGAUGAAACUGAUCAUCUCCAGCCACUUGACAGGCGCCAGAGGACAAGCUCUGUGGUCGAAGAGCAUUUCCAAGCCUCAGCGUCACCCACUGAAACAGCAGCCCCAACUGUAGGAGACAAGAGUCCUGGCUUGGAGAUCCCACCAAAGUUGCCACCCAGCAGUGGCCCUCCCACUGCAGAACCUUCUACAGCUGAAGAGCCCUCAUCACCUUCCACACCUACCCGGCGGCCCCCCUUCACUCGAGGGCGACUCCGGCUGCUCUCCUUCAGAUCCAUGGAGGAGGCCAGACCAGUGCCCACAGUGAAAGAGAAAUACCCAGUUUUAAAGGAUGUCAUGGACUUCAUUAAAGAUCAGUCAAUCUCUCAUGAGAGUGUUGUAAAGGUUCUUUCCUUGAGGAAAGCCCAAGCCCAGAGCAUCCUGGAAGUCCUGAGGAUAAUUCAGUACUGUACAGAGUCUCUUGGGCAGCCUCACUGCUUCCAUCCACCAUAUAUACUUUUCCUGUUGGAACUCCUGACCUGUCAGAAAGAUUUUACCAAUUACUUUGGACACUUGGAAGGCUGUGGUGCUGAUCUACACAAAGAAAUUCGAGACACUUACUAUCAACUUGUUAUGUUUUUGGUCAAAGCAAUUAAAGGAUUUAAUAGCAUAAAUGACAGAUCCCUGCUGCCUGCCUUAUCCUGUGUUCAGACAGCCCUGCUUCAUCUGUUGGAUAUGGGCUGGGAACCCAGUGACCUUGCCUUCUUCGUUGACAUUCAGUUACCAGAUCUCCUCAUGAAAAUGUCACAGGAAAAUAUAAGUGUCCAUGACAGUGUGAUCAGCCAGUGGAGUGAAGAAGAUGAGCUUGCUGAUGCCAAGCAGAACUCAGAGUGGAUGGAUGAGUGUCAGGAUGGCAUGUUUGAGGCCUGGUAUGAAAAAAUAGCCCAGGAGGAUCCAGAGAAGCAGAGGAAAAUGCACAUGUUUAUUGCUCGCUACUGUGAUCUGCUAAAUGUGGACAUCUCUUGUGAUGGGUGUGAUGAGAUUGCUCCCUGGCAUCGCUACCGGUGUCUACAGUGCAGUGACAUGGAUCUGUGCAAAACUUGCUUCCUAGGUGGAGUGAAGCCUGAGGGCCAUGGAGAUGACCAUGAAAUGGUCAACAUGGAAUUUACCUGUGACAACUGCCAGGGUUUGAUUAUAGGCCGGAGAAUGAAUUGCAAUGUGUGUGAUGACUUUGAUCUUUGCUAUGGAUGCUAUGCCGCAAAGAAAUAUUCCUAUGGCCAUUUGCCUACCCACAGCAUCACAGCCCACCCCAUGGUGACCAUUCGGAUCAGUGACCGGCAGAGGCUCAUCCAGCCUUACAUCCACAACUACUCCUGGCUGCUCUUUGCCGCCCUGGCUCUCUAUAGUGCACACCUGGCCAGCACAGAGGUUGUAGAUGGGGAGAGACUGGACCCCCAGGCCCACAGCAAUGCCAUCAUCCUGCGGAGCCAGUGCAUGCAGCUUGUCGGCGACUGUCUGAUGAAGGCUCACCAGGGGAAAGGUCUUAAAGCUCUCGCUCUUCUUGGUAUAUUGCCAGAUGGUGACUCUACGCCAGAAAACCAAUCCCUCCCACUUAGCGUACCUACCCGCACAUCAGAGGAACAGCUAGAGAAGAAAGUGGUCCAGCCUGCUGAGGAGCCGGCAGAGGCAGGCUCUUUUGUGCACUGCAAUGGAAGGAGAGCUGCAGACAAGGAAAUCAGACCUUUGGAUUACAAGCAGAGAAGUAAGGCAAAUGCAGGUAUCUUGUUCAUGAAGGAUCAUUCAGGCCAGACCCACACUCCAAAUGUACCUGCAGAUGCUCACAUACCUCCAGGACUUCCAGAUGCUGAAAAUUCAGAAGUGUCACCUCAGGAGCCAAUAGAGGAAAAGGCAGUUACUCCCAACCCUGAGCAGGUGUUCGCUGAGUGUUCCCAGAAGAGGAUUUUGGGAUUACUAGCAGCCAUGUUACCUCCCCUAAAGUCGGGUCCCACAGUUCCCCUGAUAGACCUGGAGCAUGUCCUCCCACUCAUGUUUCAGGUUGUCAUCUCCAAUGCAGGCCACCUGAAUGAAACCUACCACCUCACCCUGGGUCUUCUUGGCCAGUUAAUCGUCCGUCUUUUACCAGCAGAGGUAGAUGCCGCAGUGAUCAAGGUUCUCUCAGCCAAACACAACCUGUUUGCUGCAGGGGACAGUGCCAUUGUGCCAGAUGGCUGGAAGACCACCCACCUACUCUUUAGCCUGGGAGCUGUAUGUCUAGACAGCCGGGUGGGCCUAGACUGGGCAUGCUCCAUGGCCGAGAUCCUGCGGUCACUCAACAGUGCCCCUCUGUGGCGAGACGUCAUUGCCACCUUCACAGACCACUGCAUCAAGCAGCUGCCUUUCCAGCUGAAGCACACCAAUAUCUUCACCCUGCUGGUGCUGGUUGGCUUCCCUCAGGUUCUUUGUGUGGGGACCCGCUGUGUUUAUAUGGAUAAUGCCAAUGAGCCCCAUAAUGUGAUCAUCUUGAAGCACUUUACUGAGAAGAACAGGGCUGUGAUUGUGGAUGUCAAAACUCGGAAAAGGAAAACAGUGAAAGACUACCAGCUGGUCCAGAAGGGAGGAGGACAAGAAUGCAGUGACUCUCAAGCCCAAUUGAGCCAAUAUUCCCAGCACUUUGCCUUUAUCGCCAGUCACCUUCUGCAAACCAGCAUGGAUAGCUAUUGUUCCGAGGCUGUAGAAGCAACUUGGAUCCUAUCCCUGGCCCUCAAAGGUUUAUACAAAACACUAAAGGUAAUGGUGAGCCUCUUCCAUUUCAUAAUAAUUCUGGCUGUGAUUUGACAUCUGCAGGAGAUUAACAAGGGAGAAAUUCCAUCUGAUUUCAGUGAAUGGUUAAUCAUAGGAUCCUGAUUAUUUUUAGAAAUGGUUGGGGCCUUACACAAAGAUAAAUAAAAUUUUCCCAAUAGA